UGCAGUGCCAAGUUAUGUCUUCCAACGGCCAAGCAAAUGUGUCUUCCCAUGACGAGGUCCAGGAGGCAUCUGCACAGGAAGAGAAUGUCUUGAGAAGAGUAGCCGGCAUGCCAUUGGUUAGCUCUGCCUAUGACAUGGCUGCGAACGCCUACAACUCUACCAAGGGCAGCCACCCCUAUGUGAAGUCCUUCUGUGAUGCUGCUGAGAAGGGCAUGAAGACCCUGAAAGAAGUGGUGGUUGGCACUGCACAUCCUAUCCUGACUAAACUUGAACCCCAGAUUGCAGCAGCAAAUGUGUAUGCUUCCCGGGGCUUGGAUGCCCUGGAGGAGAAGCUGCCAAUUCUUCAGAUGUCAGCUGACAAGGUUGCUUCCGACACCAAGGAGAUGGUGUCGUCCACAGUUGCAAGCGCUAAGGACGCCAUUGCCGGCAAGCUGUCUGGAGUUGUAGGCAUGACGAAAGAAGCUGUGCAGGAUGGCAUGGAGGCAACCAAGUCUGCUAUUGGCCAGAGUCUGACCACUGUUAUGGAAUCCAGAAUGGGCCAGAUAGCUGUCAGUGGUGCUGAGGCAAUGCUUGGCAGAUCUGAAGACCUGAUAGACGAAUAUCUCCCCAUAACAGAUGAAGAACUGGCUGAGAUUGAAGCAGUGGCAAAGGAUGGCAGUGUGGUGGUUCCUGUGCAGCAGCGUGAGCGGCAGGAAUACCUGGUGCGCUUGGGCUGCCUUUCAAGCAGACUCCGCCAAAGGGCCUACUUGCACGCUGUGGCAAAGAUCAGACGAGCCAGGCAAAGGAUCCACAAGUCUCUCUCCCAGCUUCAGCAGAUAAUUCACAUGAUUGAAUACAUGAAACAAGGUGUGGGACAGACCUUUCAUGAGGGUGAAAGGAAGCUUAGCCAGAUGUUGAUCGAAUGGAACAAGGCAAACCCAGAAGCAAAGGAUAGCAAAGACAUGACACAGCUAGAGGUAGAAAGCCAAACCCUGACCAUGUUUCAGUACCUGAUCCAUCACCUGCAGACCGUUAGCCAAACCCUGGUGUCCAGCAUCCAAGGAUUCCCUUCUAGCCUGGAGGAUAAGGUGCAGACAGUCAGCCAAAGCACUGGAGAACUUCAUGCCGCCGCUUCCACGGUCAGAUCCUUCCAGGACCUCCCCGGCAGCCUCCUAGCCCAGAGCUGCCAGACAGUGCAGAAAUCGCGAGAAUACAUGGAUGAGCUGCUGGAAUAUGUCACUCACAACACCCCUCUCUCCUGGCUGGUGGGGCCUUUCGUGCUGUCUGGCAAGCUGCCUGCUGAAGUUUCAGAACCAGCAGAUUAAGGCAAGACCCCUUGAAACAACCCUGCUAUUCGCUCCUUUUGCUCUAGAUGUCAGCACUGUAUUUUGAUAACUUCG